AUGCCUCUCGACGAAGAAGGAGCCAAAUGGUCUUGUGAGCCGUGUAUUCGUGGCCAUCGAUCAUCAAAAUGCCAACACUUCGACAGAUUGAUGAUGAAAGUGCCCAAGGCGGGACGCCCAUUAGCCAAAUGCCCCCAUCCCAAAGGAACCUGCAGCUGCCAGAAGACCUUCGCCUUCAUGGUCCGAAUACCAAAGGGCUCGUCUUGCUUAUGUCGACCACUUUAUACAGUACCCGCCGGCACGAAUGAUUCAUCCCAGUCUACCCCAGCCUCCAUGGCUUCUGUGUCAUCACCUGCCUCGGCCAAAGUCCAGAAAUCCGGAAGGAGGCAGAGCAAUAUUCAAGCCACCCCGGAGAACAUCGCGAAGGCCUUGGAAGCCAUGCCAGAAAAUAUCAAGUUUGAAGAUGGGAUCUCGAACUAUCUACCAAACCUCCCUUCUCACCAAUCGGACCAGGAUAGUCCCAGCCAGAACAGCAGCCAUCAAAUUGCUUCUGCGCCCCAGGAGUCUGCCAAGCCUGCAAAUGGUGCCAGCUGCUGCUCUCAGAAGCCCCAACCUCCACUAGCCCCAAGCCAACCCUCAGAAGCACGCGGCUCGGGUUCUUGCUGUGGCGGAAAGUCUAGCACCUCAAUUUCGAAUCCCAUCGCCGAUGACAUGUCCAAUGUGAAAGGACCGAAAGCGAAUCAGCCUACUUCGUGGAACGACAUGUCAUACAUGAACUUUUCCACGCACCAGAUGCCUGCUUGGCAUAACCAUAUGGCAUCUACACAGGGUUCUUUCAUGCAGUCCUUUGGAAUGCCCAACACCCAAGUUCAGCCUUUAUAUUUGAAUGGAUACACCGCAAACGUUUCAUCCGCACCGUACUCCAACUCGAUGAAUGGACUUGGAAUUACACCACCCAACAUGGCACUUCUCAAUUCGAAUCCUUCUCAAAACUCUACCUUUACCUCCACAAAUCUCGGUGGCGACCCUUGUCAUGAUUGCAAAUGCGGAGACGACUGCCAGUGUCUAGGCUGCGCAGCCCACCCUUUCAAUAACACCACCCGUCAGCAUGUCCAAGAAAUGGGUGUCAUAAUGACAUUCGACGGAGAGGAAGCUACUCCAGAUGCCAUGGCUAACGCCUACCAAUCAUCUUCCUUUCAAAGUAAUACCGCAACGGACCCGAUGAGCUUCUUUAUGCAACCAAACCCAUCUAUGGACCAUGGCGUCCAUCACAAUUCUUUCGAUCCAUACCCUGACCCCAACUCGGCUAUGCCGAGUGGCUACUCGUCUCCUCUGUCGGCAGGACAUCACUUGACCCAACAAUUGAUGCACCCGUCAGAAUACUACACCCUGGAAUAUCCGGUUGGCAUCCCAAGUGCCUGCUCCGAUGUGACGGGCAGCUGCCAAUGCGGCAAUGACUGCAGCUGCGUCGGCUGUGUCACACACAGUGGCCAUAACGGCGUACCUCUGGAGGCACCCAUCCCAGAGCCCUCACAACACCAUGCAUCACCUCGCGGCUUGACCGCGUCAGCUGGCGGCCUUGCGUCCCGGAUUCCAGUUCUAGAAAACGUUUCGGUACCGUGUCUCAGCCCACGCACGCUGGAGACAUCCAUGAUUUGA